AUGGUUAAAGUUGAAAUAAAAUACACAAAGUUAUUUAUCAACAAUGAAUGGGUAGAUGCUGUGAGUAAAAAGACUUUUCCAACUAUCAACCCGCAAGAUGAAACUGUUAUUGCCAAUGUUGCUGAAGGAGACAAGGCUGACAUAGACAUUGCAGUGGAAGCGGCUCGCAAAGCAUUCCAUCGAUAUUCAAAAUGGCGUACAAUGGAUGCAUCCCAAAGAGGUCUGCUUAUGUUGAAACUGGCAGAUCUUAUGGAUUCCGAAGCAAAAUAUUUGGCGGAACUAGAGACUUUGGACUGCGGUAAACCUGUCAGGAUAGCUGAAGAAGAAGUUCACUCUUCAGCUGGGGUAUUGAGAUAUUACGCGGGAAAAGCUGACAAAAUAUUGGGCAACACUAUACCGGCCGAUGGUGAAUGUUUGUCUAUGACGUUGAAAGAACCUAUUGGCGUGUGUGGACAGAUUAUUCCAUGGAAUUAUCCCAUACCAAUGAUUUCAUGGAAAAUUGGACCAGCUUUGGCUGCUGGUUGCACAAUAGUAUUGAAGCCUGCAGAACAGACUCCUUUAACUGCGCUAGCUGUGGCAGCGUUAGUGAAGGAGGCUGGCUUCCCACCCGGCGUUGUGAAUGUUGUUCCUGGCUACGGACCGACCGCGGGAGCAGCCCUAACACAUCACCCACACGUAGACAAGAUAGCAUUCACUGGCUCCACAGAGGUCGGAAAAUUAAUACUGGGUGCAGCAUCGGUUGCUAAUCUCAAAAGAGUGACGUUGGAGUUGGGUGGAAAGAGCCCUCUGGUGGUGUUUAAUGAUGCUGAUGUUGAGAAAGCUGCAAGAAUAGCUCAUGCAGCGGCCUUCGCUAAUGGAGGGCAAUGUUGCUGUGCUGGCACCAGGACCUACGUACAAUCAGGGAUUUACGAGGCCUUCGUUAAUAAGGCGGCAGAGAUCGCCAACCAAAGGUCCGUCGGCAACCCCUUUGAUGAAGUGGAUCAAGGACCUCAGAUUGACCAAGAGAUGUUCAGCAAAGUUCUUGGUUAUAUUGACUCCGGAAAGAAUUCUGGGGCUAGAUGUGUCGCUGGCGGUGAUAGAAUUGGGGAUAAAGGAUACUAUAUUAAACCUACAGUGUUUGCUGACGUUCAAGAUGAUAUGCAAAUAGCAAGAGAAGAGAUAUUUGGUCCAGUCCAGAGUAUUCUCAAGUUUGAUACAUUCGAGGAGGUGAUUGAUAGAGCCAAUGACACUAACUACGGUUUGGGAGCUGGUGUUAUAACAAACGAUAUUAAUAUUGCUAUGAGCUUUGCAAAACACGUUCGUGCUGGCUCUAUAUGGAUUAAUACAUAUGAUCAUGUUACAAGUCAAACUCCAUUUGGCGGUUUUGGUGAUUCUGGUAUUGGCAGGGAAUUGGGUGAAGAUGGUAUACUGCCUUAUCUUGAAACCAAAACUAUUACUUUAGCAUUGCCAAAGCAACCACAAUUCUAA